UCUUUCCAUUUUCUCUUCCACUUCCACUGACCAGUGAGAGAUCAAACUUCUUUGUUUUCACACUAGACAAAACAUAACUAAUGCUCACUUCCAUCUUCAAUGGCCACUUUCCACCACCACUACAACCGCCACCACCUUCUCCUCCGUUCUCCUUAUCCCUUCCCAUCAAAUUUUCCAUUGUACCCUUCUCUUCUCUCUUUCCCCACCAAACCCAGGUCCCCACAGAUUCUGUGUUGCAUAUCGAUAAAGCAUUCAAAUGAUACCCAUGGCGUCGCCUUAAACGCUGCCCGAAGCCAACACCAACCCAUAAGCAAUCUCCGGGUGGUUUUUGCGGCGGGUGGGACCGGAGGACAUAUAAUCCCGGCGGUGGCAAUAGCAGAUGAGCUCAAAACAGCAAAACCCAAUGCCCAAUUUCUUUUCGUAGGAACUCUGAACAGUAUGGAAAGUGCCUCCAUUCCUUCUGCUGGCUAUCCUUUCUCUUCUAUUCCACCUGUGAGGCUAUAUCGCCCACUAUUUUCGCUGAGAAAUCUUUCCCUUCCUUUUCAUUUGAUACAAUCCACCAUCCAUAGCUUUAAGUUAUUAAAGGAAUUUAAUCCCCAUAUUGUUAUAGGGACAGGGGGUUAUGUUUCUUUCCCUACUUGUGUUGCUGCUUUAAUUAGAGGAAUCAAGGUUGUGAUUCAAGAACAGAACUCUGUUCCUGGCAUUGCAAAUUAUAUUCUUUCCUUUUUUGCUGAGAUUGUUUUUGUGGCUUAUAAUUCUACAGUUGAGUGUUUUUCCAGGAAAAAUAAGUGUUUGGUUAGUGGGAAUCCUAUAAGAUUGUCUUUAAGGAAGUCCCUUUCAAAGGCAGUGGCUAGAAAGAAAUUUUUUCCAAGUUCUGGUGGGAACGAGGAGGCUAAGGUUAUUUUGGUGCUUGGAGGGUCUUUGGGUGCUAAUACUAUUAAUAUUGCUUUGUUGAACCUUUAUAGUCAACUGUUGCUUGAACAUGAGAAUUGGUUUAUUAUAUGGCAAACUGGGGUUGAGGCUUAUAAUGAAAUGGAAAGCCUUGUUAGGAAUCAUCCACAUUUGGUUUUGACUCAGUUCCUGCAUUCCAUGGAUUUGGCAUAUACUGCUGCAGACCUUGUUGUGUCUAGAGCAGGUGCAAUGACAUGCUCUGAGAUUUUAGCUACUGGGAAACCUGCUAUUCUGAUACCAUCACCACUUGCAGAAGAAGGACAUCAGUUGAAAAAUGCUUCUCUAAUGGCAGAUGUAGCAGGUUCAAGGGUAAUAACUGAAGAUGAACUAGAUUCAACCACCCUGGGAACAACAAUUGAAGAGAUAUUAG